ACGUCAAUCAAAUCUGAAAUACGGGCAAAAAUUGGAUUUUCACAAUUCUGCAAAGACAACAUGUGUGCACAGCUAGCUACAGCUAUCGGUUCAAAAUUGUUGUCACUGGUUUUCCCUACAAACGUUUUAUCUGGUCCUUAUGGCAAAUUUCAAACCAUACCAAUUUACAAAUUUGCACUAUUCACCUGAUUAUUCUCAGUAUGGGGAUGGCUUGUUUUCACCCUUUAGCUCGCAGAUUUUUUCCCAAGACUUGCAGCCUUUGACCUCACAGCCGUCUUUUGACCGGGCUUUUGAACAUCGCCAGCCAAUCCAGCCAUCACCAGCUCCUUCAGCUGCCUCAGGAGAAGCAAAAAAAGUCCAACAAAAGGAAGAGAUGAAAAAAUUCCAUUGCGGCUUUGGGCUGACAAUAUUGAAAAAGUAGAAAGCAAAGAUAGCUGCAAAGCCUGGGAGGAAAUCUCCAAGGCACAAGGCCUAAAAUACACCGUCAACCAGUGCCAGCGCAAAGUUAAGCACUCAAAGAACCAGUACAAAGAAAAGAAGGACUGAAAUUGUCGGCAAAGCGGAGGAAAUUUAUGCAAAAGUCCUCAUCGCAACAUAAUUGAUUCUGUCCUUGACUGCUGUGAUAUCAUCACAUGUAACAACAUGGAGCGAGCUGGUACACAGGCUUCAGAAAACAGUGGAAGCUCAGAAAAUAGUCCAGAAACAAGUGCUGCUGAAGCGCCGAGCAGUUCCAGUUCAGCUGGUUGCACCGCCCCAACAGCCACUGUUAGUUCAGUGGCAAGAAGACGCGAAAGGAAAAAGUAAAGGGUCAAAAGCAGCCUGCUCACGUGCAUGACAGCGACAGCGAAGAUGAUACAAUUGGUGAGGUCACCAAAAAGCUUGCCACUGAAGAGGAACAAAUGGUUAGUGUUACGGAACGGAUGCAAGAUUUGCAAGCACAGCAAAAACAGUGAAUAAGGAGAAAGCACGCACACAGCAUGGUAGCUACACAUUCGCACGGUUCUAACAUGACACGCUUAUCGUGCGUAUAUGCAAAAGAAAACAAUUGCUUUCAAGUAAUGUGCUUAUGGCCAUUGUUUGCAUUUGGCUAACACGGUAGAGCUUUGUAUUUUAACACGGUAGAUUGACACGGUUACUUCUUUGUAUUUUAACACGGUAGAUCGACAUGGUUAUUUCUUUGUUUUUUAACACGUUAGACUUGUUAACACGGUAGAUUUCUUAAUUUGCAUGCAACUUACCAGAUUACAUCGCCAGGAAAAAUUGUUUUUGGCCAGCUCUUUCUAUUGCUGUUCUUACAUAAAUAUUUCUCCAGCUUUUUGUACCAAUGUUUGCUUUUCCGUAGAAAAGACUCCAAGGAAACACCUCGAUUUCACUGUUGUAUGCAGAACGUAAAAAUGAGAUAAGUGCAGCAAUUUAUCCCUUUGCAUUUUCCACACACAUACUUUCACGAGGUCAAUGUGACUGCUUUGCGCAUGUUCAAUUGGUUCUGUUUCCGUAGUUACUGUAAGCGACAUGGUUGACCGCAUUUUGGAAAGUGACAAGUGAUCGAAAAUCAUCGAAUUAUAAUUAUGGAAUCUCAAGAGUAAGAAUAUUCGUACUUUCUAGGCAGCGAAAACUAUUUGGAAUCCGUCGUAGAAGCCUAUUUCAACCUUAGACCGGUUGAGGACGAACCAGAAGAUGACAACUCUUCUGAUUUUAGCAGCGACGAAGAAGGCCAUCAGGACGACAACAUUGACUCUGAUAAUGACUUUGAGUUUGAGUUUUUGGAGGUUGAUUAAUCCGAGCAUGCAAAAGUGGAGGCAUUCAUGAGUGAAGGCUGUGGAUGUAUGCAAGGCGACCAAGGAAAACCAUGCAGCUCUACAAUUCAAACUGAAGACAUAAUCGACUGUCGAAACAACUGUUUUGAACUUUCCUCCACCGAACUUGAUCUCGUAACUUUAGGGACAAUACAUAGCUCCUUGAACUGUGACGAAGUCAGUAAUUCAGGAAGGAUGGAAAAGAAACGGCAGCAAACCAGGAUGCCUUUUUAUUUUCACAACCACAGAAUCUGUUUGAAAACAUUCCUGUUCAUGCAUCACCUUCACAAAACAAGAUUUUACAGUCUUGUCAAACAUUACAGGAAUAAUGGAUUAACUCUUCGUAUUCAUGGGAACAAGAAACGCCUUCCCAGCUCCGCUUUGAGUGCUGAAUCUAUUGAACAGGUCGUGAAGUUUAUAACGAAUGUCGCAGAAGAGCAAGCUCUUUUAUUCCCUGGUCGUGUUCCUGGUUUCAAGAGAAUGGAUGUAAAACUUCUACGAUCUUCUUUAACAAAGCACAAGAUGUGGAAAAUUUAUCAAGACGCUUGCAUUACCGCCAGCCAAGUAGCUGUUGGCUAUUCAAAGUUCUGUGGCUUGUGGAGGCAACUUUGCCCAUUUAUAGUCAUCAUGAGACCAGCAUCAGAUCUCUGUUGGACUUGUCAAAAGAACAGCAAUCAAAUCCACAAAAGUGCCAAUUUACCAGAGUUCCCAAAGGCAGAAGUUGUUAGACAACAAGAGCGACACUUACUUCUGGUUGAAGGCAAAAGGGAACUUUACAAAUACUGUUGUAAAACCACCAAGGAUGCUCUCACUGAGCACCUCAAAAGCGUUGAUUUUACAGAGAAACAUGCACCAUGCAGUCUUGAUGAAACAGUGCAUUAUCUGUAUGAUUAUGCCCAGCAGCUUCACUAUCCUUCUGACCCUUACCAACGUGGCCCGAUUUAUUUCAAGACGCCCUGGAAAUGUGGGCUUUUUGGAGUUUGCUGUGAGGCCAUACCAAGGCAAGUAAACUUUUUAAUAGAUGAAACUGUCCUAACAGGGAAGGGAGCAGACAGUACAAUAUCUUACAUUCACCACUUUUUCGAGCGUCAUGGACUAGGUGAAACACUUGCUCAGGUCGAUGCCGACAACUGUGGAGCACAGAACAAAAACAAUGCCUUUAUGUGGUAUUAUCUUUGGAGAGUAAUGACUGGCCUCCACCAUGAAAUUGAGUAUAAUUUUCUUCUUGCGGGUCACACCAAAUUCUCACCAGACUGGUGCUUUGGGUUAGUGAAACAGAAAACUCAAAAAACAUUUAUUUCAUCGCUCUUUGGUAUAGCAAGGGCAGUAGAAGAAUCUGCCACUUUCAACGACUAUCUUGCUAUGCAAGGCAGUACUUCUCUGGUUUGGGAUAUUCUCGUUGGAGAGCAAGGUCCCUCCUGCAAGACCUUGGAGCGGAUACUGGAUAUGAAGACAAUUUACGUGAGAUUCGUUAUUGGUAACAUCCAAGAUUGUAUACCAGAGUGGAGGAUUAGCAAAAGUGAUCUUGAAAUGGUACAAUCCCAUAGCCAUACUCUUACAAGAUUAGAAGGCCCCACUCAUCCACCAAAAGUUUCUAAAGGUAGUGGUGCUUCAUUGAGUCCUGGUAAAUUUGCUCCCCUUAGUCUAUCAGUCACAGACAUGAUUAAACUUGGGAAGAUCAGUACAACCCAAGGCCCAACUACAGUGGUGUAUUUGCACACAUUUGACAUGGAUCUUUAG